CCUUUUUAUAUCGAUGCUUCCACCCUCAAAUGUCAAAUCAAAUCGAAGCGAAGCGAGGGUUCCACAGCGAAAACAUCCCAAGCUCCAUCCCCAAAUCUCGGUGCGAAGGAGAGUCGCCGGUGAUCAGAUCGACAGAUUCACAGAUGGCCGGUGAGAAGGGCCCGUUCACCAAAAUCAUGGCGGAGGUCAGCGUUCAGGAUGGCCAGCUUCUCAAGCCGUGCAGCGCCAAAAGGAAGGCAGAUGAGGCGGCUGCCGGCGACGGCGAUGAGUCUCACCUGAACCUGAAGGUGCGCAGUCCCAAAAGGAAGGCAGAUGAGGCUGCUGCCGGCGACGGCGAUGAGUCUCACCUGAACCUGAAGGUGCGCAGUCCCAAAAGGAAGGCAGAUGAGGCUGCUGCCGGCGACGGCGAUGAGUCUCACCUGAACCUGAAGGUGCGCAGUCCCAAAAGGAAGGCAGAUGAGGCUGCUGCCGGCGACGGCGAUGAGUCUCACCUGAACCUGAAGGUGCGCAGUCCCAAAAGGAAGGCGGAGGCUGCUGCGACCGGCACUACUUUGGGGGAAGAAGAAGCUGCUUCAGAGAAGCCGUCGGCGGACGCCGUCGCAGAGUCAGAGAAGGCGUUGGCGGCGGCGACAAAAGGAGACGGGCCCGCUCCGGCGAGGAAGAAGACGCGGCUACCGCAGGAGGAGGUGGACCGGAUCCUUGCCCGGGCGGUGGACACCAAUCAGCCCCCUCGUUUCAUCCAGGUCCUGAGGAGCAAAAAUCCCAGCUUGCUGCCUUCGCCGGAGGAGGAGACGGACGCGUCCAAGGUGGCCUUGUACGCCACCGCCCGUAUGUACUACGAAUCUCGACAGAGUUUCGCCGAGUACCAGGCCUGGGUCCUUAGCCAGCUCCAUGACAAGGGCUACGUCGAGGUGGAUGACGAGGCCAUCGCGGCCCGGGCCGAGCUCAGAGCAUACAGCGACCAAGCGCGGAAGGAGGCGUUCUGAGACCUCACCCGCUCCGAUUCCGACCAAGACUGAUUUAUUAAUCAAGUCUUUUGAGUUCCAUAGCAAGUAUGAAUCCAUGUUGUAUCUCCGGAGAUUCGGAGUUGUAGGUGCACUUCGAUCUGUCUGUCUAUCUGUGGUGAGGUGCUUAUCUAGCAUACGCUGAUGAACACCUUGUAUCCUCUGUAAUUUGUGAGGAGAAGGAUGAUGGGCGCCUUGCUUAAUAAUUCACCAAGUUUUGUAUCCCUGAUGCAGUUCUGUUCUUAGUUUCUUACCUUGCAGCAAUCUGAGUGCUUGGCUCGACA